AGUGCUCCCAGUCCCUCCCAGUUCGUCCCAGUUCCUCCCAGUUUGGCCCAGUUCCCGGCCAGUCUCGUUCCCUGUGCCGAAGUCUCGCGAGAUUUCCGCGUCGGGCAGCGCAGGAGCCGCGAUGAACCUGGAGCGCGUCUCGAACGAGGAGAAGCUGCAGCUGUGCCGGAAAUAUUACCUGGGCGGGUUCCUGGCGCUGCCGUUCCUGUGGCUCGUUAACGUCGUUUGGUUUUUCCGGGCGGCGUUCCUGGCGCCGCCCUUCGGAGAACAGCCCCGGAUCAAGAGCUACGUGCUGCGCUCGGCGCUGGGCGCGGCGCUCUGGGGGCUGGGCCUGGGCGUGUGGGUGGGGCUGUUCCAGAGCCGCCGCGGCCAAUGGGGAGCCUUGGGCGACGCCCUCAGCUUCACCCAGCCAAUGGGAGAGCCCUGAGCCCGCCCCGCCCACCGCGGCAGCCAAUGGCGGCGCAGAGAGGCGCGAUGACGUCAUCCCCGCCCCACGGGAGCCCCGCCCCCUUUCCCAAAUAAAGGCAUUGAUUGGUCGCACUCCUGAA